CCGGGGUAGUAAUGGGCGUGCCAGGAGUCUUAAUGGCUGCCCUGUGUGCAUGUGAGAGAGAUGGUGGUUCCUGCUGUAUAUGAUGAAGUUACUAUCGCUGCUGAAGAGGAAUCCCCUUAUUAGGCAUAAGCCUGUGCCUGAUGACAUGUGCAGGAUUGCCAAUGACGGAGUUCCUCUGGCAGGAAAGGUGGAAUGGAAGCAUAGCUCCAGUGAUGUGAACCAGCGUGCAGGGGUGCAGCACAAAGCGCUGCCGGAGUUUAUUCACCAUCGGCUGCAGUGCUUUGAGGGGCUGAGACGGCGUCACGAGGCUAGACUUGCAGAUCGAGUCUCCAAUGAGUCCCAUCCCAUCAGAAUUUCCUUACCAGAUGGGAGGGUAGUGAGCGGGGAGUCAUGGAAAACCACUCCUUAUGAUCUGGCUGUAAGAACCGGGUCAGGCCCGGCGCACAGUAUCCUAGCAGCCCGUGUAAAUGGUGAGCUGUAUGACCUGAGCAGACCCCUAGAAGCAGAUACUGACAUUGACUUUCUCACAUUUGAUUCCAGCGAUGGACAAGCUAUAUUUUGGCAUUCAAGUGCCCACGUUCUUGGGGCCGCUCUGGAGCAAUUCUACGGAGGUCUCUUAUGUCACGGACCCAACACUGAAAAUGGAUAUUUCUAUGAUGUAUACCUGGAGAACGGCAGUGUGCCGGCCAGUGACCUCCCUGACUUGGAAGCGGUGUGUAAGGAUAUAGUUAGACAAAAGCUCCCCUUCCAGCGAGUGGAAGUGACACAGGAAGAUCUGCUGGAGCUGUUCAAGUAUAGCAAAUUUAAAACGCAAAUAAUUCAAGAGAAGAUCGAGACGACGACAACUAUAUACAGAUGCGGUUCCUUGGUUGACCUCUGCCGGGGGGCCCAUGUCAGGCACACCGGGCAGAUCAAGGCCAUUCGCCUCCUGAAGAGCUCCUCAGCCUUUUGGAGAGGAAAUCCUGCGCAGGAAACAUUGCAGAGAAUUUACGGGAUUUCUUUUCCGGAAUCUGUGCAGUUGAAAGAGUGGGAGAGAGCUCAGGAAGAGGCCGCCAGUCGGGACCACCGCAAAAUAGCCAAGGACCAGGAAUUGUUUUUCUUCCAUGAAUGGAGUCCUGGGAGUUGUUUCUUUCUGCCAAAAGGAGCACACAUCUACAACGUCCUGAUGGAGUUCAUCAAGAGUGAGUACAGGAAGCGAGGCUUUACGGAGGUCAUCACUCCAAACAUGUACAACAAGAAGCUCUGGCAGCAGUCUGGGCACUGGGAACACUACGGCGACAACAUCUUCUCCUUCCCUGUGGAAGACGAGACUUUCUCUCUGAAGCCGAUGAACUGCCCCGGUCACUGCUUGAUGUUUGACCAUCGCCCCCGGUCGUGGAGGGAACUGCCCCUGAGACUGGCUGACUUUGGGGUACUGCACAGAAAUGAGCUCUCGGGGGCCCUGUCAGGGCUCACACGUGUCCGUCGCUUCCAGCAAGAUGACGCCCACAUAUUCUGCUCAAUGGAUCAGCUUGAAUCAGAAAUCAGCGGCUGCCUGGACUUCCUCCGCGCGGUGUACUCGGUCUUUGGCUUCACGUUUAAGCUGUUCCUGUCCACCCGCCCAGAGCAGUAUAUGGGGGAGCUGGAGAUCUGGGAGAAGGCUGAGCAGGAACUGGAGACCAGUCUGAAUGGGUUUGGCCUUCCGUGGGAAUUGAAUCCAGGAGACGGUGCAUUUUAUGGGCCAAAGAUUGACAUCCAGAUUCAAGACGCCAUGGGCCGUUACCAUCAGUGUGCCACCAUCCAGCUCGACUUUCAGCUACCGAUCCGCUUCAACCUCAGCUACGUGGGUAAGGCGGACGGCGCGGUAGAACGCCCGGUGAUGAUCCAUCGUGCUGUGCUGGGCUCUGUGGAGAGGAUGCUGGCUAUCCUGGCUGAGAGCUACGCUGGGAAGUGGCCAUUCUGGCUUUCCCCAUUCCAGGUCAUGGUGGUCCCUACCGGAACCGGUACUGAGGAUUAUGCCCAUGAGGUACAUAGAAUCAUUCAUGACAGUGGCUUUAUGGUGGAUGUUGAUACAGACCAAGGAACCACCUUCAACAAAAAAAUCCGCAAGGCUCAACUGGCACAGUACAACUUCAUUCUGGUGGUCGGGGAGAAGGAAAAGCUGAACAGCACUGUCAACGUACGGACCAGAGACCGCAGGCAGCACGGGGAGCGUAACCUAACGGAACUGAUCGCAAGGUUGGCGGAGCUGCGGGAUUCACGUGUUGGAAAUGCGGAGGAGAUCUACUGAUUCUCUUGUUACACAACUGAGAAGUGCUAAAUCCCAAAUUAUUAACUGGUCAAAUCAUAACAUCAAUAUGGGAGCUGUAUGUGUAACCAAGAGCAAUGCACUGAGCCGUUCCGGUCUUUCAGUGAUACCGGUGCAAUCCUCUACAGGUCAUGUGCUGAGGUCACAUGGUGCUAUCGUAUUAGACUUGCUCCUAGCACCAGUAAUCAUGGUCUGUUAUAAUAAAACACAAAUUGUGUCCUAGUUAUGUGUAAGAAAAGCAUAUGGACGAGUGAGUACUGCCCAGCUUUCCUUAUUUAUAUGCAUUUAUGAACGAGUUAUUGGAACCUGCCGUCACGAGUGCUCGUCUGAAUUGAAAUAAAUUAUAGUAUAAAA